ACACCAAAAGUAGAACCAUCGUCGCUACGGCGUUCGAAAUUCGAAGCUUUAUUUACGGGUUCACUAUGAAAUAGUGAUAAUGUGUAACGUAUGUUGAUAAAAUUAGCACACAUUCGAGUGUCAAGGUACAAUUGUAAAUGAGCCUUGAUGGACUCAAUGAUUGUAAAAACGUCGUGAUGGAACUAUUUUUAUAUGGCGUUGGUAUACGUUGAUGAUUACAGUGUUUGCGCGCGCACGUGUGUGUGCGUGCUUGCGAGUUCGUGUUUGUAAGCGUCGUGCCGCGAUUCUCCGGCGAACCUGUUUUGUGUGUUCGUAGCGCUCUCCGGUAGAAUUGGAACGCGCGAGUGGUGUUUAUGCCUUUAGUGCAAAGUGCCCUGCCCCGCUCGACACAAUAAAUUAUUUUUUAAAUAUAAAAAAUAAAGGAAAACCCCCAGUGUUGCGGCGUGUCGUUGUGCUUCAUACUCGUAUAAGCAAACUUUUGUGCAUUUUGGAUAUUUUUUUUCUACAAUUUUAAGCGUUUUUUUUUACAAAAAAACUGUCUUGCCACAGAGAGUAGGAACACACAUUUUAAAGGCUGCAUCGCCACGGAAUCUUAAAGUAAAACUGGAGGAUGCCCGAAGAGCAAAAAUCUGGAGGACAAGCCGGUGACGCGAUGGCAGAAAAUGGCACUAGCUCUCCGAACAAGAGUCCCAUCAACAAGGGCAAAAAUACCAUCGCCAAGGUCACCCUGCCCGAUGGCACUGUCAAAGACUUCUCCAUCGAGAGGAAGGCCAAGGGCCAAGAACUUCUUGACAAAAUAUGCCAGAGUAUGAAUCUACUCGAAAAGGAUUACUUCGGCCUUAUUUAUGAAGACAAACACGAUCCGAGAAACUGGCUCGAUCUUGAUAGACGAAUUAGCAAAUUUAUGAAAACCGAGCCCUGGAAAUUCAACUUCGAAGUGAAAUUUUAUCCUCCAGACCCAGCUCAAUUGCAAGAGGACAUAACGCGCUAUCAGUUAUGUUUGCAAAUACGAAACGACAUAAUAACUGGUCGAUUGCCGUGCUCUUUCGUGACCCAUGCCCUUUUGGGGUCUUAUCUCGUACAAUCCGAAGUCGGUGAUUACGAUGCUGAUGAACACGGUAAAACUUAUCUCAAGGAUUUUAAAUUCGCUCCUAUUCAAUCACCCGAAUUGGUCGAAAAGGUUAUGGAUCUUCACAAAUCGCAUAAGGGCCAGACGCCAUCCGAGGCUGAGCUUAAUUAUCUCGAGAAUGCAAAAAAAUUAGCAAUGUACGGUGUCGAUCUUCAUCCUGCAAAAGAUUCGGAAGGCGUUGACAUAUUGCUCGGUGUAUGUUCGUCCGGUUUGCUGGUCCACCGCGAUCGCUUGCGAAUAAAUCGUUUCGCUUGGCCGAAGAUUCUCAAGAUAUCGUACAAGAGGCACAAUUUUUACAUCAAAAUAAGACCCGGCGAGUUCGAACAGUUCGAAUCAACGAUUGGCUUCAAGCUCGCAAACCACAGAGCAGCGAAAAAACUGUGGAAGGUGUGCGUCGAACAUCACACCUUCUUCCGACUCAUGAGCCCCGAACCCGUGAAAAAAGUCGGCAUACUGCCUCACUUGGGCUCACGCUUCCGGUAUUCCGGGAGAACCCAUUACGAGACGAAGAAAACUCCUAUCGAGAGACAACCCCCCCAAUUUGAGAGGUCUCUGAGCGGACGUCGACUCACAUCGCGAAGCAUGGAUGCUUUAGGUGGACCCAGACCAGUCGAAACUUACGGAUCUGAGCCGAGCAAGAGACACACCAUGAGUUACGAACCCGCGAUGAUCCCAGACAUGGAACACAUCGACAACAAACCCAGUCCGAUCAAAAAGCAAAAAGAAAAGCUGACUCGAAAAACAAGUGCUGGAACGACAUCGGCUAGCAGUACCAGUAGCCUGGAAGGAGAGUAUGACGCGGAUCGUGUCCAAAAGAAACCCGUCGGAGGAAUAGCCGUUCUUCCAACCGGUGGACUUUCGAAAAAAAAGAAGGACAAGAACAACGAGAACGAGAAGGAGAAUCAUAACGAUCUCAACAAUUCUGACGCGAUUAACGACAGCUUGGUCGUUGGCAACAUCGAUGAAAAUUCAACGAUCAAAAAAACACCGAAAAUCGAUGAAUCUCCGGAGAAAAAGGAUAAAGAGAAGAAGGAAAAAGCUAAGAGUCCCGUCGGUGGUUUUCCGCUGUUCCGGAAGCGCGACAAGGAUCAAUCGAAGCAGAAUAAGGACAAGAAGAACAAGGAAUUGGACGAAUCAACAGACAAGAGUGAUUUAGAAUCAAAUAUUUCAGCGACCGAGAAAACUCCUCAACAACAGCAACAAUUGACGAACGAAAAAAGUAAAAAAUCAGCUGGUUCGCCGGGUUCGGAAAAGCUGCCGAGUUACACGAAGCCCUAUGACUACGAAGAGACGGAAUCGUCACCAACGAGAAAGCCUUUCACGCCACACGGUUUCUCUUACGAGGACAGACCCGCGUCACCGGGGAUUCACGAUCCGCAGUCACCAACAUCAGCCAGUAGAAAAGCUACAGGCUUAGCUUUCAAUUACGCUCCAGGAGAGGAGAAAAAAGUAGCUGAAUCAGCGGAAAAACGUAAGACAAAAGAUCUCGCGUUGAAUAAAGCGCCAGCCGGUUUACAAACACCUGGCCUUAAUUACGUCGAAUCGGCGGGAUUGAAGGAAGCUCAAAAAGGAAUUCCAUCGGGUGAGCCUGACGACAAAAAUGCUUCGGCAGCUAUGAUCGCCGGGGAACAACGGGCAGAAAACGCAGCGUCGAAAGCAGGCGUUAUUAUACCAGGAAGCGCAGGAGCGAAACCGGCCUAUCGAGUCCUACCGUUGCCCGAAGGUUCGACGGUAAUUGGUGGGAUCAUUUACACGAAGGAGGGAAAACCGUUGGAUCAAAACUCCCUCGGGCCUGAGGGAAGCCUCAUAAUUGAGGGAAAAGUUUUUGGCAAGGAUAAGAAGCCUCUGAAAAAGGCUGACUUCGGACCGCACGGCGUUCACAUUGUUCAAGGUAUCGUAACUGGCAAAGACGGCAAAGCUCUCUAUCAAGCUGCGCUCGGGACCGACGGUAAUUGCGUUAAAAACGGUCUCAUCUACGGUCCCAAUGGCAACCUUCUCGAUCAGCGAGGACUUGGUCCGGACCACGCUAUCGUUCGUGACGGUAAAAUCGUUGCGAAGAACGGAAAACCUUUGGCUUUCGAGAAAUUAGCUAUCGACGGAACUUACGUGAAAGAUGGAUUGUUGUUUGCUCACGACGGAAAACCACUGACUCAGGGAUCUUAUGGUACCGAUGGAAAUCACAUCGUCGGUGGUAUCGUUUGCAACGAUGCUGGAAAACCCUUGAAUCAAGUGGCCGUACUUCCCGACGCAACUUACAUCGUCGAUGGCUUGAUUUACGGUCGCGAUGGAAAACCUCUUUCCAGCGGCGAUCUUGGAAGCGAAGGACAUUACAUAACCGAGGGUAAAGUUUAUGGAAAAGACGGUAAACUCGUUAAAAAUGAAAGCUUCAGUUCCGACGGGUCCGUGAUCAAGGAUGGCUUGAUUUAUGGCAAAGAUGGAAAGCUCCUCACCCAAGCUUCCCUUUUGCCAAGUGGCUCGCACAUAAAAGAUGGUAAAAUCGUCGGCAGAGAUGGCAAACCUAUUAAACACGCUUUUUACAAAACGGACGGUAGUUUCGUGCGAGAUGGAAUAAUUCAUCGUAAAGACACUUAUCCUUUGAGCCAAAUUCCUCUCAUAGCUGAUGGAAGUUUCAUCAAGGAAGGCUCGAUAUACGACAGAAACGGUCGUCCAUUGAAUCAAAGUCUUUUUAAACCCGAUGACAUUGUCAUUCGCGAAGGUCUUAUUUGCAACGCCGAGGGUCAUCCGCUCUCCCACGGGUCUCUCGGUCAUGAUUCAUUGACGAUUAAGGACGGUCUUGUUCUCGGCAAAGACGGUAAACCGGUGAAACAAGAAUCUUUCGGUUCGAAUGGAAAUUACAUAAGGAAAGGCGUCGUUUAUGCGAAAAACGGAAAAGCUCUGAAUCAGGAUUCCCUCAUGCCGGAAGGUGCGGCCAUCAAGGAAGGCAGAGUUUACAACAAAGAUGGAAAGCCUAUGAAAGCUUCUUUCUUCAAACCCGACGGAAGUUUCGUCAAGGACGGACAAGUUUAUGGCAAAGACGGGAAGCUUUUGAAUCUCAGCUCAUCACUCCCUCAGGAUAGCUUCAUCAUGAACGGCGUGAUAUUCGAUCGAGCUGGUAAACCGCUCAACAAAGAUAUCUUCGGAUCUGAUGGUUCUUACGUAGCCGCCGGUGUCUUGCACGACAAGGACGGCCAUUUGAUUACCGAGGGAAUCUUUGGUCCUGAUGGUAACAAAAUCAAAGAUGGUUUGAUCAUCGGCAGAGAUGGCAAACUUUUGACUCAGGACAAUCAAGGCCCCGACAACUUGGCAGUUAAAGAAGGAAGAAUCGUUGAUGAGAAAGGAAUCCCCAAAAAUCAAGCUUCGCUCUUGCCCGAUGGAUGUUACAUUGAAAAUGGAAUUGUUUACAACAAAGAUGAACGACCUUUGAAACAAGGGGCGUUCAGAGCGGACGGUACUUACAUAAGGGACGGUUUAAUUUACGGAUGGGGUGGACAGCUGUUCAACGCCGGUACGGAAUUACCGAAAGAAUCGUACGUCGAGGAAGGUCGAUUGUACGGCAAGGACGACAAACCAUUGAAUCACAGCUCGUUCGGUCCCGAUGGCAAUUUCAUUCAAAACGGUUAUAUCUAUGGAAAAGAUAUGAAACCACUUUCUCGAGGUACUUUCGGCCAGGAUGGAAGUUACAUCCAGGGUGGUUCGAUCUUCGCACCCAACGGUAAACCCCUCAACAACAAACAACGAUCGACCAUCACCAUUUCUUUCGUGCGUUAUGGUUUGAUAUGCGAUGAGAAUGGCAAACCAAUUGAAUCUGGAAAUUUCGAUAGCGCUGGAAGCGUCAUUAAAAAUGGAAGAAUAUACGACUCGACCGGCAAACCGUUGGAUCUUCAUUCGUUUGGAGAUAAUUACUCUGUGAAGGAAGGCCUGGUUCAUGGAACAAACGCCAAGCCAUUGAGCCUCGGUAAUUUGAGCCCGGAAACCUCGUACGUCAAAGGCGGACGAGUUUACGGCCCGGAUGGGAAAUUGCUAACGCAGGAGGCUUUCGGGCCAGAAGGAUUGAAGGUUGUCGAUGGUGUGGUCGUCGAUAAAUCUGGAAAUCCUUUGAAAAAAGCGGCGUUCGAUAGCGACGGCAACAUCGUUAAGGAGGGCGUUGUCUGCGCUGGAAAUGGACGACCUCUCGACAAAUAUUACACGAUAAUAACGAUAACUUGCGUGCGAAGAGGUCUUAUUUGCGACAAAUCUGGUAAACCCAUAACCCAAGCUCCCUUCGGCAACGACGGAAGUUUCGUCAAAAACGGCAAGAUAUACGAGAAAAAUGGCAAACUUUCGAAUCAAGAAAUCUUCGGUGACGACGACAGUUUCAUCAAAGACGGUGUUAUUUACGCGAAAACCGGACAGCCCGUCGAUCGGGAUGAGCUCACCGAAGAAUGUCUUGCCACCCCCAAAAAUGCCGGUACGAAAACGAAAAAAAGCGCUGUUAUGGCCAACACUCCGACCAUCGUCAAAACUACCACCAAACAAUCCGUCGUCAAGGAUCAAGAAGGACUUGUACAAAAUAUUGAAGAGAAAGUUGAAGAUCUGACGCCUGGUGGCACCGGACAAGUUGUCGUUUCGACACAAGUCAACAAGGCCGAAGCACCGGAAGACAGUAGAACUCCUUACAUGACUGCUACCGCCGUAACGACUCGCACGGCGACAAUGCACGAGGAUCUUGAAAAGAACCAGAAGACAAGUCAGGUCGAAGAAAAGACUGUAGCUCACACGACGGCAACUAGUGCUACAAGGCAAGAGCAACGUGUCGUUACACAGGAAGUUAGGACGACGAGUCAUGUAUUAUCAGGGGAACAGCUGUACUCACGCCGUCAAAGUACAUCCAGCUCGAGCAGCGGUGAUUCGGGCACGCCAAUUGACCUCGACGAAGAUCAACAAGCUUUCUACAAUCAGUAUUAUCAGGGGGAACCCGCUGGAAUAGUCGCAACGGAAAAGCACGUUUACAGUGGGGAACCAGCCAGCAACGUUACUGCCACAACAACGGUACCUUUAGUCGCAACCGAAACGCGAAAAGUCGAAUUGGAAAACGAAGAUGGAAGCUAUAGCGCGACCGGUGAAAUUGUUAGUUCACAGACUAUUUCCAGCAAGACCCGAACCGUCGAAACCAUCACUUACAAGACGGAGCGAGAUGGAGUAGUAGAAACGAGAGUAGAGCAGAAAAUAACCAUACAAUCGGACGGCGACCCGAUCGACCAUGACCGUGCAUUAGCCGAAGCAAUUCAGGAAGCAACGGCGAUGAAUCCUGACAUGACAGUAGAGAAGAUUGAAAUACAGCAACAAACGGCGCAGUAACCUUUUCAAUAGAUUCCCUCGAUGCUAUGAGAGCAUUAAGGGUACCCUGACCUCGAAUUCGUGGUACACAUUUUUAUUGAUAUUCAACUUGGAAGAACAAAAAAGGCGAAAAAUUUUCGAAAAAAGUACUUUAUCCGAACGGCCGAAUUCCUGGAAAAGUCAAGCAGCGAAUCGAUAUAAGCUGAUUUAAAAAAUGCGUGCUUCACAAGCUGCUGCUUCUAAAUUACGAUAAAACGAAAAAACAAACUCGUAGUCCGGCCUUAUCGCAAACGAAUUUUUCCAUUUUUCAUCGCGUCCUCCCGCGCUCCCGGUUAUAUUCACAACUCUUUAUCGUAUAUAAAUAUUAUAAAUAUAUAAAUAUAUAUAGAAACAUUAAGAUAAUGCGUAUAAACAUUACGUGUUUGUACGUUUAUAACACAUACGUACGUUAUACGUGCGUAAUUCCUACGAAAUUUGACAUUUUAUUUCGUGUCCACGUGCGAAAUAAUUCUAAUGCGAAUAUUCAUAUGAAAGAUGAAAAAAAAAUAAAUGUAUCGAAACAAUGCGAAAAUGUUGACAGGGUACCCUGGCGAUUGUACUGUCAAACAGUAACGAAAAGCGGACAAACGGACCACUGCGAACGUGAGAUUUCGUAAAGCGAAAAAUCAAUUCGAAAAUAACUUCGUUGGUGCACCGAAUAAAAUUCAAUGCAAUCAGUGCGAAGAUGCGCACGCGUCACGAUUCGACGCGAGCAUAAUUUAAAAAAUAGCGAUGGUCAAAAUCGUAAAUACAAUAAAAAAAAAAAAAAAAAAAACAACAACAACAAAAAUAAGAACGCGUCGUUCGCAGAUGACCUUACCAAAUAACGGUCGCCCGUUUUACUAUGAUUUUUAUUGUUUUUAUUUUAUUUUAUAUAAGUUUUUUUUUUCUAUUUUACGAAACGAAAAUCGGAUAAGCUCACCGGCAAAUUUUGUUUUGCUACGCGAUGUGUGUGCUUCGAUGCGAUACCAGAUGUAUAGUAUCACUUUUUACAAUUUAAAUAUUUUAACUUUGAAACGAAAAAGAAAAACCGAGGAAAAAUAUGAAAAAAAAAUGUGAAUUAUAUUAUUCAUCGAUGCAAGAAAGUGAGAGUCAGAGCUGUCUGGAUAUAAGAUAUAUUAAUAUAUUAUAUAUAUAUAUAUAUAUAUAUAUAUAUAUGAAUAUAUGCGUACACGUAAUGCAAAGCUCGAAUCGUCGAAAUCUUCACGAGUCCCAAUAACUCGAUAGAAUUAUAUGACAAACUCACACUGUUUUGCGGAUUUUCAUCAAAUCGCUAAAGUAGUAAAUCGCGGAAUUGUGAAGAUUUCACUUUCCGAGCAUCAUAUGGCAAUUUUAUUAACUAUAUUAUUGAUAGAUUAUUUACCAAGGGCAACCGAUGCAUUGGUCAGCGUAUAUGUCUAAAUCUAGCUGUAGCUUACGUAGUUACUAGAAAGUAUGCGUGCGAAUGAGAAACUUCGAUUUAAUUGUAUUGUAUUUUGUAAUUAUAUUUUAAUUUUUCAUGGUAGAUAUUCCGCCUAGAGAUAUACGCGGCUAUACCAUCCGUCAGGGAUGGACAUUAUUCGAAUGCUUGUAACGUUGAAAACAUUUUGCAAGAAAAAAUCUUUGAUAAGCUGCUCAUUGGUGGUAGAAACCGAGAGAGCUCAAACGUAUUCUUCCUUAUCGUUGAAUGUCAUUUUGAAUGAUUAUUUUUUUAUCGUAAAGUGAAUAUUUUUCUCAAAUUAUUGUUAGUCAUUAUUUUCGUACCAAGAAUAUUUAUUUAAUUUCAUUCGAACAAUGUCUUUAUCUCUGAUAUUUCUACCAGAUACCAGACAACAAAAAUACGAGAGUCAUUCGAAAAGUAUCAAACGUCCGCGACAACUCGCAUUUUGGGGUGUUUCGCGAGAAAACACACGAAACGAUACACCGCGACCACUCACUAAGACUAAAAGCAUUUCAUUCCCAUUUUCUUUCAUACUUUGACUCGGAUUUAGUUGAACUCAAUUUUUCUUAAAGUGCUAAAAUCCAAUCGAUUACCGAGCAUGCCACAAUUGCGGAUCGCUCGUUCACAAUUAUCGUAUUCCCCAUCCACGCAGACUGACUAAAGCACCGUCGAUCUAAUAUCUUUAGAGAUUGUAUUAGCAACCGCGUCGAGAGAUCCGAUCGAAAAUUUGCUGGGCGUCAAAUCCGGCGUCGAAACAUUUUUUUUUGUUUCAAUACGGCCAAUCAUGUACAAAUAAAAUUUUAAACUUGAUUUCUGCGUUGCACAUCUUUUGAAAAAAUCGAAAAUCACUCAUGUAGAGUUCGUGACUAAUAAUCGUAUGUUUUUUCUGAACGAAAUUUGAAAAAUUUUGUCGGUUUUUGUAGGUACUUUUCAAAUAGUACUCCCCGACCAAUGAUCUUGAAAACUUUGUUAGUUUAUUCGCAUUUAUUAGUAUUCGUCCCAUCCCCUUGUCUAUGUGGAAAGCACUUUUGUAAGUAUUAACCAAAUUCGAAUGCACCUUCGUACUAAAUGUUUGUAACAUUCCACGCUUGAGGUAAAGAGAACAAAACAACCGAAAAAAAACUAACACUUUUACUCGAACACGCAAACAGGUCUUGACUGAUGGAUAUUAUUUAUUGAUUGGGCCCUUUUCGUUCAUGGUUGUAAUUUGAUUAAAUGGAGUGUUUGAGAGAAUUAUGAAUUAGCACUUUUGUUUACGCGAUAGCACAGAAAGUGGGAGAGAGCAUUAGAGAAACGUAACGAGAGACAAAAGCGAGAAAGGAAUAAAAAGUGAAAGAAAUGAAACGUUAAAUACUUCGUCGUCGAAGAAACUGCGAAUAAUUGUCGACUCUCCGAUCUGAUUAAAUAUUUUAUUAUAAUACGAGAUGAGAAAUGUUUUGAUUCGUGCACCCUACUGAAUGUCGUCAUUGAACAUUAUAAUAUAACUGUCGAACUGCGCCGCGAUUUCAACUUCAGAAUUUAUAAUUUUUUAAAUUUGUUCUUUCAUCAUUAAUCUUAUCGAUUUCACGAGGCAGCGUACAAAUAUAGUUUUUAAGUUUGUAUCGUUGAGAAAACAUGUCUCGACAAAACGUAUUUAAUAAUAUUGCCUCUUACGUAAAAGUAACGGCGAAAUAAACAACGUAUGCAUUUUA